AGCAGCUUGUCUACCCAGGAGUCCGUGAUGGCACGUCCCGUCCCUGUCCCGGUCCCAUCCUCAGCCCUUCCCUCAUCUCCCUGAGCCCUCAGGGGUGGUGCCCUCCCACCACCCUCACGAGUGGCCCUGCCAAUCUCAUUAGUGUCAUGUUGGGGGUCAUCCUAAUCCGCUUACCCAGAGGCGGCAGGAUAAAUGCCCAGCCGGCCCCUUGCUGGGGGAUGCCUGGACACUAACACCCACGGCCUCCUGAGACCUGCCCAGAGCUUGGAAUUUCUCUGUUCUACUGGAUUGAGAUCUGCAAGGGAGGCAGAAGCAAGGGGGCUGACCGGGACCCCCCAUCUUGGUGUGUCCCCAGCCCACGGCGUGAGGGAGUCUAGAAGGCAGAGUUUGCCGUGGGGUCUCUCCCAGCCUGGCCAUGAACCUGGAGCCACCCAAGGCCGAGAUCCGCUCGGCCACCAGGGUGACAGGGGGGCCCGUCACUCCCAGAAAAGGGCCCCCCAAAUUUAAGCAGCGGCAAACCAGACAAUUCAAGAGCAAGCCCCCCAAGAAAGGUGUCCAAGGGUUUGGGGACGACAUCCCUGGAAUGGAAGGUCUGGGAACAGACAUCACAGUCAUCUGCCCGUGGGAGGCGUUCAACCAUCUGGAGCUCCACGAACUGGCCCAGUACGGCAUCAUCUAGCACCAGGACCUGACCCGGAGCCUCGGGGCCGUCUCCCCUGCUGCCCGCUGCGACCCCUGCUCAGGAUUCCUGUGAGGAGCCCCUCCCCCACCAAGGGUGUCCAGAUUGCCCGGUUUGUGUCUGGAGAUCCCUGCAGGGUGGCAACCUCAGGCCCCCAGAUGCCAGUUACCAGAAGUGCACCAGCUCCCUGCCAGACACCUCAGGGCCAGGCAGGCUCUGCUCAGCCUCCAGAAACACUGGCCCACAGAUCUUCUCUUAGGGCUGGAAAGCCAGAGCAGGGUCUCCCAGGAAUGUUCGUCACAGGCCACUCCUGUCCUGGUGGUUGGUGUUGAGAACAAGCUCCCCUCACUAGCCCUUCCCAGCUGCUGCCCUUGGGUUGGGGAUGCCUGGGGGGAGUCCUGGCGGUGCCUGAUCAACACGCCUCCAAACCCCUCACCGGCAGGAAACGUCCUACCCAACGUAGCCCGCGCAUGCUGUCCUGGUUUCAAAA